CGUUACUCCUCCACAUUACAUAGUCACAUCCGCUCAUAAGCACAACCAUCCUCCAAGCUUGCACUGAUACUAAUCUGAGACUUGAACUUGAUCAGGUACAAGUCAAAUUUACAGUCACAAUGCACCCGUUUGGCGGUACGCCGAUAUGUCCUAGAUGCAGCAAGGCUGUUUAUGCUGCAGAACAGGUGAUGGGACCUGGCAGGAAGCUCUAUCACAAGCCUUGCCUUGCCUGCACGACAUGCAAUAAGAGAUUGGACUCGUUUACUCUUCUUGAACACGAUCAGGAGCCAUACUGCAAAACAUGUCACGUUCGAAACUUCGGCACUCGCGACCUGAGGCAUGCCAAUCUUCCCCAUCGUAAUGACAUGGCCUCGCCUCCACCACUUCCUGCGUCACCCGUGCGCAGCACCUUCCCUGCACCCACUCUUGUGCGCGGCGAAUCUGUAGAUCUAAGCCAGCGGCAAGGUGCGCGAUCACCGGUGCAUCCGCACAAUACUGGCACAGGACGCUAUACGAACGGUGCCAUGUCGCCACCACCCAUCCUCAAAGCGAACUCGGUCCUCCCUGCACGGUACAAUCGCUCACCCAUUAAUCCUAUUCCCGAUAUUAGCUCUGAAACCCGAAAUCAACCUCUCAACACAAACUCGCACCGUGAGGAAGAGAGAGAAGAGACACCGGCAGAAUCCACGCCGCCUUCAACGCUCACGUUUGCGGGGACAGCUACUAGCACAGCACGCAUCGGUGAUAUGCCACGUACUGUUCCAUUGAGUCCGACUAAAUCGAUGGGCAAUGGGACUUAUGCUACGUCUACCCCGAAAUUAUCUUCUGUGGCACUUGGACGCUCAAGUUCAUCUUCGACGACGCCGUUGCAGCCAACUGGCACUGGCACGCGGUAUGGCGCAGCAUUUGGUAGCGGUGGCACUCCCGUAAAGGUCUUUUCUGCGGGUGCAACUCCAGCGUGUCCGCGGUGCGGGAAGAAUGUUUAUUUCGCUGAACAGAUGAAGGCCAUAGGAAAGACAUGGCACAAGGGAUGUUUGAGGUGCAAGGAGUGUAAUACUCUGUUGGAUUCAACUAGAUUGACGGAGAAAGACGGAGAACCCCUUUGCCAUCGAUGCUACUCAAAGCUGCACGGCCCAGCAGGAAGCGGCUAUGCUUUGCUCGGUAAAGCCGGCGGUUAGGCCUGUUAGGUAUGUAUAUCGGCGACUCGGCACACCCCAAUCGUUCGCACCAAUUUUUACUGUCAUAUGAAUGGACUCUACAUAUUUCCGCUUUCUGUUUUCUUGAUUUGAAUUGUUGUUGAGAUACUACUGUACUGCCACUCUUCUUGAUGGUGUAUCGAUACCUUUCACUGUCUCCGCUAGUGCUCGCUUUCGUAUCCACUCGUCCAUAGAUUGCUCAAUGCUCACUAUUUUUAUCGAGCUGCCA